AUGCCUAUACCUGAAGAAGAUAUUAUCUUCUUCUGGUGGGAUUCUUACGUAGCAACUCAACGUGAUCAUACGUUUGUUCAGGCCAAUAUGACCCCAACUCGUUUAGCGCCAAGAGAUUCCAGGAGUUUACCAACCGGUAACCGUUUAACAGGCAGGUCAGUGUCGACUGACAGUGUCUACACAAUCCUUAUACGACUUCCUGGGGAAAACACAGACGGUGCCGUUAGCAACGAGGGACCUUCCAUCAAGAUGAUACCCGAAGCACCUUCUCGAAACCACCAGACUGGUGAUUUUCAUCGCUCGUCAGACCAAGGCAACCAUAUAAACCGUCGUCCCUCAGCUAUGCCCGAUAUCCGCAUUCCCCUUAACGCGAAGAUCAUUCCCAAGCAACUAGCCGGCAAAACCCCUCUUGUUAAUGCUACGAAAAAUCCAGGCAAGAAAAAGAAGAAAACGCAAGAAAAGAAAGCUGACAAAAAAGCCGCAAAAACUCUGUCGGCUAUAUUGUUGACUUUCAUCAUCACGUGGACACCUUACAACAUACUGGUAUUACUGAAACCUGUGACUAGCACCACAGGUCUUCCUCCACAGGUCUGGGACUUUUUCUACUUCUUGUGCUAUAUUAACUCGACUAUUAAUCCAGUGUGUUAUGCAUUGUGUAACGCUAGCUUUAGAAGGACCUAUUUAAGAAUUCUGCAAUGCAAGUGGCAGAACAGAUAUCGGGCAGCAAUGAACAGGGGGUACUACAAUUAG